AUGAAGACAGACUUGGAUUAUGAAGAUUAUAUCUUAGACAAAGAUGAAACAGAAUCACAGAAGACUGGAGAAAAACAUAUUAAUGGGGCAACUUUAGUAUGGCUAGAGGACUUAGAGGGAUUGUUGGACUCCAAGAAAGUAGUUGCGGUAGGAGAAUGUGGGUUAGAUAUAACUGACAGACCAUCGUCAAAAGAUUUUGAAAAACAAACAGAUAUCCUGAGAAAGCAGGCAAGAAUUGCAAAACAGAAAAGAUUACCUGUGGUCAUACAUUGUCGAGGAAACUAUGACACAUCCAACGAAUGCAUCAGAUGUCUCACACCCAACUUACCUUCAACAGACCAUCAUAUCCACAGACACUGCUUCAAUGGAUCGUAUGCGGAAUAUAUCAAAUGGAAAAUUGCAUUUCCAGAGAUAAAAUUCGGAAUAUCCCCUUUCCUACUCAAUGAGAUAAAAUAUCCCCAAUUUAGGGAAUUAGUAUGCAAGAUGGAACUAAGGGACCUGCUAUUGGAAAAAGACGCACCAUACCUACCAGGAGCUGAUGGAAGUACUGGUUCUCCAUUGUGGGUGAAAUAUUUGGCUGAAAAGAUAGCCAAUCUCCACAAUGUCUCCACAGAGGAGGUGGCCAGGAUAACAACAGAUAAUGCCAAGAAGUUAUACAAAAUAAAAGAACUGUAG